GCGUAGUUGUAACGCUUGCCACAUGACAGUGAUUCCUGUAUACGCAUAUACGUAUACGCGCAUACUUUUCGUGUCCGUGCGUGUGUGUGUAUAUACGGCCGAGAGGAACCGAUCGUGAGAGAGAAAUCUAAUUCAAGCGAAUUCUUCCGAGGUGAAACAUGCAGAUCUUUGUCAAAACCCUGACGGGGAAAACCAUAACCCUAGAGGUUGAGAGCAGCGACACCAUCGACAAUGUCAAAGCCAAAAUCCAGGACAAGGAGGGCAUACCACCUGAUCAACAGAGGCUGAUAUUUGCUGGUAAGCAACUAGAAGAUGGACGAACCCUAGCAGACUACAAUAUUCAGAAAGAGUCUACUCUCCAUCUAGUGUUGAGGCUCAGGGGUGGAACCAUGAUCAAGGUGAAGACACUCACAGGGAAAGAAAUCGAAAUUGAUAUCGAACCGACUGAUACCAUUGAUCGGAUCAAGGAACGGGUUGAAGAGAAAGAAGGCAUCCCGCCUGUACAACAAAGGCUAAUCUAUGCCGGGAAGCAGCUGGCGGAUGACAAAACGGCUAAAGACUACAACAUAGAAGGUGGAUCUGUUCUCCAUCUGGUUCUUGCCCUUAGGGGCGGUGGUGGUGCUCAACUCUAAAGCCUUUUUUAAGCAUUUGCUCCCACCUUCUUGUCUGAAGAACAUCCUCCCGUUCUGUCUAAUUUUCUGGGUAUUUGCCUUCUGUUAUUUCUGUUGAGAGAUGUGAUCAUCAUUGGUGUAUGGUUUAUGUCAAACAAAAAAAAAAGAAACUUGAUUGAUAAUGUUUUUUUU